AUGGGCAUCAGAACCUCCUUGAAAAAUAUCUACUAUAAAGUGACUUGUCGUAAGAAGCCUGAGAAAAAUGAGAAGAAAGAUGGUUUGGAUAAUCUUAAACAAGAAUUGGAUAUGGAUGAACAUAAAAUAUCACUUGAAGAAUUAUAUUCUCGGUUAUCUUCUGAUCCUGAAAAUGGUCUGAAAUCUGAAGAAGUUAAAGUUCGAUUACAACGUGAUGGACCGAAUGCACUGACACCACCGAAGACAACACCGAAAUGGGUGAAAUUCUGUAAAACUCUUUUUGGUGGUUUUGCAAUGUUAUUAUGGAUUGGUGCUAUUCUUUGCUUUAUCGCCUAUGGGAUUCAAAAAAGUUCUGAAGGUGAAGACGUAAAAGACAAUUUAUAUCUUGGUAUUGUCUUAUCAGCUGUUGUCAUCAUCACUGGUUGCUUUUCUUAUUAUCAAGAAUCAAAAUCAUCGCGUAUCAUGGAUUCGUUUAAGAAAAUGGUUCCACAAACUGCUCUUGUUAUAAGAGAUGGUGUAAAGAUAGAAGUUGCUGCGGAAACUUUAGUAGUAGGCGAUAUAACUGAAGUGAAAUUUGGUGAUCGUGUCCCUGCAGAUAUACGAAUUAUUACAGCCAGUGCUUUCAAGGUGGAUAAUUCAGCAUUGACUGGUGAAUCAGAGCCUCAAUCACGUACAGCAGAAUUUACAAAUGAAAACCCACUUGAAACAAAAAAUCUUGCUUUCUUCUCAACAAAUGCAGUUGAUGGCACAUGUCGUGGUAUUGUUAUCUCUACUGGUGAUCGUACUGUAAUGGGUCGUAUUGCAAAUUUAGCCUCUGGUUUAGAGCUUGGAGAAACUCCAAUCCAUAAAGAAAUCAGUCAUUUUAUUCAUAUAAUCACAGCAGUUGCUGUAGUUCUCGGUAUUUCAUUCUUUAUAAUUGCUUUCGCUUUGGGCUAUCAUUGGCUUGAAGCUGUCAUCUUUUUGAUUGGUAUUAUUGUGGCAAAUGUUCCUGAAGGUCUAUUGGCUACUGUGACAGUUUGCUUAACACUCACUGCUAAACGUAUGGCUAGUAAAAAUUGUCUAGUGAAAAAUUUAGAAGCAGUUGAAACUCUUGGUUCAACAAGUACUAUCUGUUCAGAUAAAACUGGUACUCUGACACAGAAUCGAAUGACUGUAUCCCAUAUGUGGUUCGAUAAUCAAAUUUUUGAUGCUGAUACAACAGAGGAUCAAUCAGGUAAAAGUUUUGAUAAAAGUUCUGCAACAUGGACAGCUUUGGCACGUAUCGCUAUGUUAUGUAGUCGAGCUGAAUUUAAAGCUGGUGAAGAAAAUAAACCUGUGCUUAGAAGAGAAUGUAAUGGAGAUGCUUCUGAAUCAGCAAUACUGAAGUGUACUGAACUAUGCGUUGGCAAUGUUAUGGAAUACAGGAGUAAAAAUCCUAAAACUUUGGAAAUUCCUUUCAAUUCAACAAAUAAAUAUCAGUUAUCCAUUCAUGAAACCGACGAUAGCGAUAAUCGUUUGUUGUUAGUGAUGAAAGGUGCACCUGAACGUAUACUUGAUCGUUGUGGUACAAUUUUGAUCAAUGGCAAAGAAGAAAUUAUGGAUGAAGCAAUGCGUGAUCAAUUCAAUAAAGCUUAUCUAGAAUUAGGGGGUAUGGGUGAAAGAGUACUGGGAUUCUGUGAUUAUCGUUUACCAGCGGAAACUUAUGGAAAAGACUAUAAUUUCACCGUGGAUGAACCCAACUUUCCAACUACUGGAUUACGUUUUGUUGGCUUAAUGUCCUUAAUUGAUCCACCUCGAGCAGCAGUACCAGAUGCAGUGGCUAAAUGUCGAUCAGCUGGAAUUAAAGUUAUCAUGGUAACUGGUGAUCAUCCAAUCACUGCAAAAGCUAUUGCAAAAGGUGUAGGAAUUAUUUCAGAGAAUUCAAAAACUGUAGAAGAUAUUGCAGCUGAACGAGGUGUUCCUGUUCAUCAGGUUAAUCCACAUGAAGCAAAAGCUUGUGUUAUCCAUGGAUCUGAUCUACGUGAUAUGACACCAGCACAAAUUGAUGAAGUGUUAAGAAAUCAUCCAGAAAUUGUGUUUGCACGUACUAGCCCUCAACAAAAAUUGAUUAUAGUUGAAGGAUGCCAACGACAAGGUGCAAUCGUUGCUGUAACAGGUGAUGGUGUAAACGAUAGUCCAGCAUUGAAACAAGCAGAUAUCGGUGUUGCUAUGGGUAUUGCUGGCAGUGAUGUAAGUAAACAAGCUGCAGAUAUGAUUUUAUUAGAUGACAAUUUCGCAUCAAUUGUAACUGGUGUUGAAGAAGGUCGACUUAUCUUUGACAAUUUGAAAAAAUCCAUAGCUUAUACACUGACAUCGAAUAUUCCUGAAAUUACACCAUUUCUAAUCUAUAUUGCAGUUGGAAUUCCAUUACCAUUGGGUACAAUAACUAUUCUUUGCAUUGAUCUUGGCACUGAUAUGGUACCAGCUAUCUCUUUAGCCUAUGAAGAGGCAGAAUCAGAUAUCAUGAAACGUAUGCCUCGUGAUCCAUUACACGAUCGACUAGUGAAUGAGCGUUUAAUUGCUAUGGCAUAUGGUCAAAUUGAAUGGAUUUUGGCCGAGAAGAUUAUUAGGUAUCAGAAAAGAGUGGGAUUCAAAGCUGUCAAUGCAUUGGCUGACUCUUAUGGUCAAGAAUGGACUUAUCAACAGCGUAAACGAUUAGAAUACACAUGUCAUACAGCAUUCUUUGCAUCGAUUGUCAUUGUUCAAUGGACUGAUUUAAUUAUCUGUAAGACACGCCGAAAUUCAGUAUUUCAACAAGGCAUGUGGAAUAAAUAUCUAAAUUUUGCCUUAUAUUUUGAAACUGCAUUGGCUUUAUUCUUAUCUUAUUGUCCUGGUUUAGAUAAAGCUCUUCGUAUGAUGCCUUUGAGAUUUUCAUGGUGGCUUCCAGCAUUACCAUUUUGUUUACUUAUAUUGAUCUACGAUGAGACGAGAAAGUAUUUACUUCGACGAUUACCACCAGGUUCAUGGGUGGAAAGAGAAACCUAUUACUAAAUAAAUGUAACAGUAAUAUACCGUAAAUACACAUUACAAACACACACUCACGCAUACAUAUCUGUCUAUUGUUAUUAUUACCCCAAGAUGAAAAAAUGAGUUGAUUAUUUCUUUCCGGUUCUACUUUUUUUUUCCUCUGAUCUAUUUUGUUACUUAAUAUACUACUUAUUAAAGAAGAAUUUA